CUACAACUUCCAAUACACAGUACCCUGAUAUCACACAUCCUUCUUGUCUCACUUGAGAAUCCGGCAAGAUGACCGGGUCUGAUGACAAGAUCACCAUUUCCAUCGACCGUGGCGGCACUUUCACUGACGUCCACGCUGUCGUGCCCGGUCGCCCGGACAUCAUCUUGAAGCUCCUAUCCGUCGACCCCGGCCACUAUCAAGAUGCACCCACCGAAGGUAUUCGUCAGAUCCUGGAGAUCGUCACAAAGGAGUCAUAUCCCCGGGGAGAACCUCUAAAACUCGACCGCAUCAAAAGUCUGCGCAUGGGAACCACCGUGGCUACCAAUGCACUGCUGGAGCGCAAGGGCGCUCGCUCAGCUCUUCUCACAACUAAAGGUUUCCGCGACCUGCUCAGAAUUGGGGACCAGUCACGUCCCAAUAUCUUCGAUCUGUCAAUGGCAAGGCCUGGCGUCCUGCCCGAGAGCGUUGUGGAGAUCAACGAGCGCGUGGUCCCAUGUCACCCUCUCGCGGACAAAGAUUGCUUCUCCGGGGCUCGAAUUGUUGAAGGCACGACUGGGGACAAGUUCCGGGUGGUACAAGAACUCGACAUGGAAGAAGUGCGGCGAGUUCUACAAGAAUUGAAAAAUCAAGGCUACCAGUCAUUAUCAGUCGCGCUGGUCCAUUCGUUCGCAUAUCCUGAGCAUGAGCAGCGGAUUGGUGAGGAAGCGGAGAAGAUGGGUUUCUCUGUGACAUUGUCUUCGAAGCUGCAGCCGAUGAUCAAGGUCGUCCCUCGAGGUAUGUCUGCCGCGGCAGACGCCUACCUCACUCCGGUCAUCAAGACCUACAUCGACUCCAUUUCGGACAGCUUUGAGGGAGGACUUGAGAAGCAGAGCGAAUGUCGCUUUGAGUUUAUGCAGUCAGACGGUGGCCUGGUAGAUUUCCGCAGAUUCAGCGGGCUCAAAGCGAUUCUAUCCGGUCCGGCUGCUGGCGUGGUCGGAUUCGCAGCAACCAGCUGGGACCCGCAGGAGAAGACACCAGUGAUUGGGUUCGAUAUGGGUGGUACAUCCACGGACGUGUCGCGCUAUGCUGGACAUCUUGAGCACGUCUUCGGGUCGAAAGUGGCGGGUGUUCUCAUUCAGUCUCCGCAGCUUGAUAUCAACACUGUAGCCGCUGGAGGUGGUUCUAUCUUGUCAUGGCGGAAUGGUCUGUUCUAUGUCGGACCCGAGUCAGCUUCGGCCCACCCCGGUCCGGCUUGCUAUCGCAAAGGAGGUCCGUUGACUGUGACCGACGCGAAUCUCUUCCUUGGCCGGUUGUUGCCUGAAUACUUCCCCCACAUCUUCGGAGAAAACGAAGAUGAAGCACUUGAUCUCGAGGUCACCACAAAGCUAUUCCACGAGCUCACUCAGAAGAUUAACUCCGAGCGUAAGGAGAAGGGGCAGUCAGAAUUUACUCCUGAAGAGGUCGCGUUGGGAUUCUUGAAAGUUGCAGAUGAAUCAAUGGCUCGUCCAAUUCGCAACCUCACUGAAGCCCGUGGCUUUGAGACUGCUUCUCAUCACCUUGCAUGCUUUGGUGGUGCAGGAGGACAGCAUGCGUGCACCGUCGCCGCUUCGUUGGGAAUCUCUCGCAUCAUUAUUCACAAAUUCUCUUCUGUCUUGUCGGCUUACGGUCUGGCUCUGGCAGAGGUAGUCAAGGAAUCACAAGAACCUCUAUCGACUGAGUACUCAUCCUCCCGAUCAACGUUAGACAAACGUUUUGAUGACUUGACUCAGGCGGCUGUCAAGGAUAUGGAGAGUCAAGGAUUCCCCGCUGAUCAAGUUCGACAUGAACUUUACCUCAACCUGCGCUAUGAGGGCUCAGACACUAGCCUCAUGAUCUUGAAGCCUGAAGACGACUCCGACUUUCUCGAAGAGUUCCGUGCCAGACAUCGCAGAGAGUUUGGAUUCAAUUCCGACCGACCAGUCUUGGUGGACGAUGUUCGUGUCCGUACGAUCGCUUGCUCCAAGGUUCGCGAGGAAACAAGCCCUCUGGUACAACUCCGUGAAGCCACCAUCAAGGAUGUUAGUGGUGAACCAGACACCAUCUCAAAAGUCUACUUCGAUGGCAAAUCGGAGCGCAUUGAUACACCCGUGUAUCAGCUCAACAAGCUGGACAAGAACACGCGAGUGCGCGGUCCGGCUAUCAUCAUUGACGAGACACAGACCGUAGUGGUUGCACCGAAUGCUGAAGCCAAGAUCCUAGACACUUGCAUCGUCAUUGACCUCGAGGAGCGGCCGAAGACUUCUGAAGAUGAAGCCGCAUCUUCUUCUGGAAUUGACCCUAUUCGUCUCACUAUCUUUGGUCACCGUUUCAUGUCCAUCGCCGAGCAGAUGGGCCGCACAUUGCAAAAGACGUCAGUUUCGACAAACAUCAAGGAACGUCUGGACUUUUCUUGUGCCUUGUUCUCCCCCGAUGGCGGCUUGGUGGCUAAUGCCCCUCACGUGCCGGUUCACCUUGGCUCAAUGCAGUUUGCUGUGCGCUAUCAACAUCAGAAGUGGCUGGGCAAGCUUCAGGAUGGCGACGUCCUGGUGGCAAACCACCCUAGCUGCGGUGGAACUCACCUACCGGAUAUUACUGUGAUUACUCCUGUUUUCGACAAGCCGGGCGGGAGCGAAAUUAUGUUUUACGUUGCUUCCCGAGGCCAUCAUGCCGAUAUUGGUGGUAUCUUGCCUGGGUCCAUGCCACCGAAAUCGACCGAGCUGUGGCAGGAAGGUGCUGCUAUCGAAGGUGACAAGAUUGUCAGCAACGGUGUGUUCGACGAGGAGCGGAUGAUUGAGCUUCUGGUACACCAACCAGCGCAAUACCCCGGCUGCUCUGGAGCUCGAUGCAUCACAGAUAACUUGUCGGACCUCAAGGCACAGAUUGCUGCCAACACGCGUGGUAUCUCUUUGAUCCAAGCCCUCUUUGCAGAGUACGGGGUUGAGACUGUUCAGAAGUACAUGUAUGCCAUUCAGGCCACGGCUGAGACCGCGGUGCGGAAUCUGCUGAAGGAGCUGCACAAGAAGUUUGGCGGUCAGCCGUUGGAGGCAGUCGAUUACAUGGAUGAUGGGACACCGAUCAAACUGAAAGUCACUAUCAACGGAGAAGAUGGGUCUGCGGUAUUUGACUUCGAAGGGACCGGCCCGGAGGUCUACGGAGGCUGGAACGCGCCCAUUGCCAUCACCCACUCGGCCAUCAUCUACUGUCUUCGCUGCAUGAUCAAUGCGGACAUGCCUCUGAACCAAGGAUGUCUUACCCCUAUCGAUAUUCGGGUGCCAUCGCCCAGUAUCCUAUCGCCCACGAAGGCGGCGGCCGUCGUCGGCGGCAACGUGGUCACCUCCCAGCGCGUGACGGAUGUUGUUCUCAAAGCGUUCCGUGCAUGCGCAGCCUCUCAGGGAUGCUGCAACAAUCUGACCUUUGGCACCAACUCCAAGAAGGACCCGGACACGGGCGAGACCAUCCCUGGGUUUGGCUACUACGAGACGAUUGCCGGUGGCAGCGGCGCGGGUCCCACCUGGAACGGCGAGUCUGGCAUUCACGUGCAUAUGACGAACACGCGAAUCACGGAUCCGGAGAUUCUGGAAAAGCGCUACCCGACGCUGCUACGCCAGUUCACCCUUCGGAACGGCUCUGGCGGCAAGGGCAAGCACCCGGGUGGCGACGGUGUGGUCCGAGAGGUGGAAUUCUUGUCUAACAUGGAGGUUUCCAUUCUCUCGGAAAGACGUGUCUAUCGUCCUUAUGGUCUCGAGGGAGGUGAAGACGCUCAGCCAGGAAUGAACCUGUGGGUCACUACGGACCCGGAUACCGGUGUGGAGAGAAAGGUCAACAUCGGAGGGAAGAACACAGUUUCUAUGAAGACGCAUGAUCGGAUUGUUAUUAUGACCGCCGGUGGUGGCGGUUGGGGUGCUGUAUCUGCGUGAUCUAGUGUGGUGUUAAGUAUGAUUGGAUCAGGGAUUGGACUGUGUUGAAGACUCAUCUCGGGUUAAUGUGACUAGCGAGGCGUUCGGAUUAAGACACAUGAUAAAAAGUCUAAUAACG